AUGUUCCCAUUCAACAUCGCUGCUGCUCAAGCACUAGUUCUCGCUCUCAUCGUUCCGUCUACUCUCGGUUUGUCUAUCCCCAUUCAACCUAGAGAUGACAAGAAGGUGAUUGCCCUUGACUUCAAUGUGACACCACCUCAAGGAACCAAUUUCACAUUUAAUGGUGAUUCUUUGUCGCUUCUUGUCGAUGGUAACUCAAAGCUAAAAGUAGCCAAUAGCCCUAUUUCAGUCCCAAUUCACGGCAGCGGUGGAUCUUAUAUCAUUGAGCUUUUGAUCGGAUCCAGCAAAAACAAAGUGACGGUGGCUCUCGACACUGGAUCAUCUGACUUGAAUGUGGUCGAUUCGAACCUGUAUUGUGGUGAUAAUCUGGACUGCCAUGCAAAUGGUCUGUAUGAUCCUAGCUCGUCGACCACCUCUCAGAAUCUCAACAUUCCUGUCGAUUUGGAAUAUGGUAGUGGUGCCUCAACAGGGACCUACUACAAAGAUGAUGUUUCUCUUGGGGAAGCUUCCGGUGUCACUGUCAAGGGAUUGCAAUUUGCAGACAUUACCGACUCUGAAGGUGCGUCGGGAAUUUUGGGAAUUGGAUACGAAGCUAAUGAGGCUGCCAGACAAGAGUACCCUAACUUUGUGUCGUUGUUGAAGAGCCAAAACUAUAUCAACAAAAGAGCAUACUCUCUCUAUUUGAACUCGGUCAAUGCCCAAACCGGAACCAUCUUGUUUGGAGGUAAAGACACCCGCAAGUACAAGGGUAAGUUAACCACCUAUCUGACUUCCGGUAACGAACGGUUGCAAAUUCCACUCCAGCUGCUCUCAGUCGGUGGUCAAAGUGUCAGUCUCUCUGGUUUGAACGGAGUUUUGGACUCAGGAACCACCUUGAGUUAUAUCAAAAAAGAAGAAUAUUACCAAUUGGCUGCGAAAUUGAAUUGGAUUGAUGUUAGCUCAUCUGCUCAGCAGCCACCAGGUAACUACUAUGCCGGCCCCUGCAGUGGACCGGACUUUGUGUUUAACUUUGGUAAUGGAGGAACUGUUACCGUGCCUUAUUCGGCUGUUACUAUGUCAGUAACCGACGACAACAGCCUUUGCAUUAUAACGGUGUUGCCCAACACUAAUCCGAAAAUUGAGGGUAUCACCAUUCUCGGUGACAACUUUUUGAGAUCCGCUUACGUUGUGUAUGACCUUGAUGCCGAGCAAAUUUCAAUUGCUAAUGUUAACUACACCACCGAUUCGAACGUGGUUGAGUUGUAA